GGCACAGUAAUAAUGCAGCAGACUGACAGAUCUCUUGCAGAGAGCAAGGACGAUAACGCAUCUUGGCAAAGAAGUAAAACAGGUUUCUCUGGCUUUCAAAGGGCAAGUGGGCAAAAAGUUACAUUUUCGGAAGAAGCACUUAAGAAAGGCACAGCAAUAAUGCAACAGAUUGACAGAUCUCUUGUAGAAAGCAAGGAGAAUACCGCAUGUUGGCAAAGCAAUAAUACAGGUUUCUCUGGCUUUCAAACGGCAAGUGGGCAGAAAGUUACAUUGACGGAAGAAGCACUUGAGAAAGGUACAGCAAUAAUACAGCAAAUUGACAAAUCCCUUGAAGAAGGCAAGGCCAAUAUCGCAUCUUGUCAAAGGAGUAAAACAGGUUUCUCUGGCUUUCAAACGGCAAGUGGGCAAGAAGUUACAUUCUCGGAAGAAGCACUUGAGAAAGGUACAGCAAUAAUACAGCAGAUUGACGUAUCCCUUGAAGAUAGCAAGACCCAUACCGCGUCUUGUCAAAGGAGUAAAACAAGUUUCUCUGGCUUUCAAACGGCAAGUGGGCGAAAAGUUACAUUUUCUAAAGAAUUACUUGAGAAAGGUACAGCAAUAAUACAGCAGAUUGACAAAUCUCUUGAAGAAAGCAAGGUCAAUAUCGCAUCUUGUCAAAGGAGUAAAACAUGUUUCUCUGGCUUUCAAACGGCAAGUGGACAAAAAGUUACAUUCUCGGAAGAAGCACUUGAGAAAGGGACAGCAAUAAUACAGCAGAUUGACAAAUCUUUUGAAGAAAGCAAGGCCAAUCCCACAUCUUGUCAAAGGAGUAAAACAAGUUUCUCUGGCUUUCAAACGGCAAGUGGACAAAGAGUUACAUUCUCGGAAAAAGCACUUGAGAAAGGGACAGCAAUAAUGCAGCAAAUUGACAAAUGUCUUGAAGAAAGCAAGGUCAAUACCGCGUCUUGUCAAAGGAGUAAAACAGUUUUCUCUGGCUUUCAAACGGCAAGCGGACGGAGUGUUGAACUUUCUAAAGAAGCACUUGAUAAAGGUACGGUAAUAAUGAAGCAGAUCGACAAAUCUCUUGAAUGGAGUACUAAAAGCAAUGCUGUAUCUUCACGACUGAGCAGAAGCGGUUUUAUUUCUGAGUUUCAACCUGAAGGUAGACUGAGCGCUGAAAAGUCUGGCGAAACUUUGGAGAAGGCAGCGAAGUUAGUGAAUCUAACUGACAAAACAUUUGGAGAGAAAGAUGACAAAGGUCAGUCUUGCACGACUUGUCGGUCUACUUUCUCAGGCUUUCAAACUGCGGCUGGUAAAUCGGUACAAAUCUCUGAUUCGGCGCUCGCUAAGGCGAGAGAAACAAUGGCUAGUAUCGACAGUCAUAAUUGUUCAGUGUCUUCGAAUUCAGGAAAUCCUCCAUUUCACACAGAACCCAAACGAAAUAGUACAGCCCCUGCUGUUUCUUUUGAGGUGGAAGGUGUUGUUAUGCCUUUACCAGUAGAGAGUCACCUUUCUGAGCAUGACCAGGUCGUGACGCGUGAGGUGCUCGAAAGCUCCGAAGCUCUCCUUGCUGAUGAAUCAUUUAUGGAUCUCUCGGAGUACCUUAAUGAGAAGGAAGAGCGAUCUGCUGCUGAGAGAAGUUAUGUUGUGCAAUACCUUUUUUUGAUCUAA